AUAUAAUGUACAAAUUUCUUCAAUCCAUUUUCUGAACUUUUAAUUGAAAAUAUUUAGAGAAUCAUAAUCUUUUAUUAACGUGAAAAUUCAUUCAACGUGGCAGCUUGUUUAUAAUUGGCGUGUUGUCAUUUCUUUAUUGACAGUUUGGUUUACAUGUGCAGAUAACUUUUUCUGCAAGUGUUUUUAUACCGGCUUUUGUUUUUUGUGUGCUUAUCCUAGAAAUAGCUCCAAACGUAUUCCCGAAAUCAUGACAAAAAUAGCGGUGAUCGAAAUGCCAAAAAUUCAACUUGGAGAGUAUAUUGUAAUUCAGCGCCAAAAAUAUACGAAAUUACAGAAGUUCGGCAGUCUGGAUACAACGUCCAUGCUGGGCAAGGAACAGUUGGAGCUGCGGGGUUUAUUGGAUCAGCCAUAUAGCGCUACGUUUAAAAUGUGCCCAAAAGAAACUACCCCUUCCACGCAGCGCGGACAACGCAACCAGCGCCUACACACAUUGGAGUUGUGCAGUGAAUUGGAAUUGCGUGAUAUACGCGAACGUUUGGGCAUAUCGGCCAGCGGAGCAGAUAACCGAAACAUAAUUGACGAUGGAGACUCGCAAGCUUUACGUCCGGAAGAUAUUGAAGAACUGCGUGAGAAGCACAGUGACUCGACGAAGAUUAUUGAGAAGAUAGUCGAAAAUUCUAAGACGUUUCACUCGAAGACGGAGUACUCCCAAGAGAAGUAUUUACGUAAAAAGGAGAAGAAAUAUUUUGAGUUUGUUCAGAUAAAACGACCUACACUUCGAUUAAUAACAGAGAUUUACUACCGACAAGAUGCUGAUAAAGUGUUGGGCAUGCGAUUAGAUACCCUCUCACAGCUUAUUUCCUAUGCAGGUGUGAGCGCAUUUGGUAAUUAUUUGUUGUAUGAAAGUGGCACAAAUGGCUUGCUACCAGCCAGCUUCCUGAAUUCGAUGGGUGCCGGCACUGAAGCGACACUGGUGCACAUGCACCCGGGAAAUGUGCCGCAGAAGCAGGCGGUGUUAGCGCUAAAUUUGCCAUAUGAGCAACUGCAGCGUUGCAUCUCGGUGAAUUUGUAUUCCGUAUUGCGCGCAUAUUAUCAAGGAGAGGGACAAGAGUUGCCGGAAAUUGCAACGGAGCCUACCACACCAGUAGAAGAGGCAGAGCCUAGCAGUAAAAAGCAGAAAUUGAGCGACGGCGAAGCGGCAACGUCUACAAGUAGCGACAGCAACGGAGAAAGUAAUGAGACAAAGAAGUUAGUACCAACAAGUACAGCGGCGCCUGUACAAAAAUGGCAAUUGGAAAAUCAACGUGCUUGUGAACUAAUCCGCACCAAAUUCGAUGCGCUUGUGAUCGCUGCCAAAGAGCAUCCUAGUAAUAUCGUACAAGCCUUAUUACCAUUUGUAAAACCAUCCCGACCUAUUGUAUUGUAUAGCCAAAGUAAGGAGCUAUUGAUGGAUUUAUAUGUGGAGCUCAAGAGUUGCUCAAAUGUCACGAACUUGCACUUGACGUCAAAUUGGCUGCGCUAUUACCAAAUAUUACCUAAUCGCACACAUCCGGAAGUUAACAUGAAUGGUAACAGUGGUUACCUAUUGACGGGAUACACUAUAGAAUAACAUAAACAUACAAAUUUUGUUUUUAAUAUAAUGAGUAAAUAAUUAUAUUCCAAGUUAGAUACAUUU